AGAUGGCGUUAAACUGGAAAAGUGGCGGACCAAAGAAAAUUUCGGGCUUUGUUGCCUAAACGCUAAGAUAAGAAGGUGUGUACAUGGAUCGAAUGGAUAAACUUCGCCUUCAGAAACUUCAUUCUAGAUUGCUACAGGAUAUUGGAGUGUCAGAUGUUCUACCCAUCUUGUUGCAAGAUGGAGUGUUGUCAUCGGAAGAUUAUGAAGACAUCAAAAGUUGUUGCACCAGAACCAAACAAACAGAAACAUUACUAUUUUUGUUGCCAAAGCGAGGCAAAAGAGCCUAUUCAUGUUUUUGUCAAGCAUUAGAAAACAGUUACCCCUGGCUGCUUACAGAGUUGAAGAACUUGCAGAUAACGGAGGAAGAAGAAAAAAAACUAGCUGCAGACAAAAUGUAUCAGCCUUUAACAAAUGAGAUGGUUGAUAUGUUACGCCAGAAUGUUCAGCUGGUGCGACGUUGGCAUGUGUUGGCUCAUAGUUUAGGGAUGUCAGCUCAACGAACACAGAUACAGGUACAAGCAAACCUUUACAUGUGGGACAUGGAACAAUGUGUACUACAACUUUUGGAACAGUGGAAGAGCUUGAAAGGAAACUCUGCUACGCUUGGAACUUUAUUGGAAUCCCUUAGAAAAGAACAAUUCAAUGAUAUAGCUGAUAAACUGGAAGAAGAAUUUCUUCAAUAAAAGGCCCUCUCCAUGUAUAUGAUGAUUGAUAUGAUUAAGAGAAGGUUUUAUCAGUAUUUUGAAAGUUAAUAGUGUAAUUGUACAUAUACUAUGGUUAUUUUUUACUAUUUGUAUAAUAUGAUAUUUUUUAUGAAUAUUCAUACUGUUU